CAAGGGGCAAAAUUACCACAAAAGUAGCAGCUCCAAGAAGCUUAUCUCAACGGCAGGGUCCCUCUGAGUAGGUUGAACACAAAGAGUAACGCCAAUGGGGGAGGUAGAAAAGAAAUCAGAACAAACCAAAGUGGAGGAGGAGGAGGAGGAGAAGAAACCAGAGGAAACCAAAAAGGAAGAAGAGGUUAAGAAAGAAGAAGCAAAACCGGUCGAAGAGAAAAAACCGGAGGAAUCAAAAGAUGUUAAAGAUGGCAAAGAAUCCAAAGCCGAAGCUGCUGUUCCUCCAGAGAUUGUGCUCAAAGUGUUCAUGCAUUGUGAAGGUUGUGCUCGCAAGGUUCGUCGUUCUCUCAAAGGACUCCCAGGGGUUGAAGAUGUAAUCACGGAUUGCAAAUCUCACAAGGUGGUGGUUAAAGGAGAAAAAGCGGAUCCAGUUAAGGUUUUGGAGAGAGUACAGAGGAAGAGUCACAGACCCGUUGAGCUUCUUUCUCCGAUCCCAAAACCAACGGAGGAGAAAAAGCUUCAAGAGGAAGAGAAGCCCAAGCCCGAAGAGAAAAAAGAAGAGCCUCAGAUUGUCACAGUUGUUGUUCUGAAAGUUAACAUGCAUUGCGAAGCUUGUGCACAAGAAAUCAAGAGACGUAUACUGAGAAUGAAGGGAGUGGAAUCAGCGGAACCUGAUAUGAAGAACUCGGUUGUGACGGUGAAGGGUGUGUAUGAUCCUAAGAUGUUAGUUGAAUACGUGUACAAACGAACUGGGAAGCAAGCAGUGAUAUUGAAGCAAGAACCAGAGAAGAAUGAGAAAGUGAAAGAAGACAAAGAGGAGAAGAAAGGUGAAGAAGAGAAAGAGAAAGAGAAAGAGAAUAAGGAGAAGAAGAGUGAAGGAGAGGAAAACAAGGAGAAGAAAGAAGCAGAAGGUGAGGCCAAACAAGAGGAAGAAGUAACUAUAGAAGAAACAAUGGUGGCAGAGGUGAAGAAGAACGAAUACCAGUAUUACCCACAAAGGAAUGGAAUGGAAAUGUAUGCAUACCCUGCGUCCUACCAAGCAUACCCUGCGUCCUACCAAGUGUACCAAGAGUACCCACCCCAGAUCUUCAGCGAUGAGAACCCAAAUGCUUGCACCGUCAUGUAAAAAUUGAAGGAUGUCAGGGGUAAAAUGGGGAUUAGGGAAAAAUUUGUGAUGUUUCGGUAGAUGAUUGCCCUGACCUGCGU